ACGACACCUGGAAGCAUGGACAAACGAAUAAAAGCGGCCACGGGCCACUAGAUCGCCGGUAGUGCGUUUCCAGAACCGCCAAGUGUCCGGUUGGGGGCGUCCAGUAGCCGCGAUUUCAUCUUUUUUCAGCGCCAACACCGACCGAAGACGCUUUUCAGAUCGUUUUCAGCGCUCGUUCGUCCACUGUUUCACUUUUCUCUUGUUUCCCGUCAAGUUUCGCGAUCUAGAGCGCGCUCUUUUGUUUUCCUUCGCGUCUUUUGUUUUGGUUUCGGGUUUUCAGUUGUUUUUGAGCCUUCAGGAUGCCACUGGAGUGGGGAUACAACGAGGACAACGGUCCAGAUAAAUGGGCUCAGUGCUACCCCGAAGCCAAUGGCCAGCGCCAGAGCCCAAUUGACAUCGUACCCAUCGACUUAAAAACAAUCAACACCAACAGAAGACUCACCUGGAAGUACAUUCCAGAGAACGUCGUUGACGUCACCAAUCCGGGGUACUGCUGGAAAGUACACGUAAAUGGUGAAGGAUCAGAACUAAGUGGUGGUCCAUUGGAGGGGAGAUAUAUUCUGGAACAAUUCCACUGUCACUGGGGUAAAACCAACCAGGAAGGUUCGGAACAUACCAUCAACGGUGAAAAAUAUGCUGGAGAGUUACAUCUGGUCCACUGGAAUGCUUCCAAGUAUUCUUCAUUCAACGAAGCAGCCAAACAUCCAGAUGGCCUAUGCGUUUUAGGAGUUUUUUUAAAGCCUGGCAGAAAAAACUUGGAACUGGACAAAAUCGUGUGCCAACUGAACAAAAUCCAGUACAUGGGUGAAACCGCCAAAAUUUUAGUUCCAGUAAACCCUGGGGCUUUCCUACCUCAAGACAGUGGCUACUACACUUACCAAGGAUCUCUAACAACACCGCCGUGCUCAGAGUGCGUUAUUUGGAUUGUUUUUAAAGACCCAUUAGAAAUAUCUCAAGAACAGCUGGAGUCUUUCAGAUGUCUCAGAUCUUUCUGUCUGGAAGACCAGUGCCCUUGUGAUGAGUUUAAGGGCUAUGUCAAGACUAAUUUUAGACCUACACUUCCACUGAAUGAACGUGAAGUCAAAGAAUGCCGAAUUUAAUAAAAAAAAAACAUAUAUUUUUAGAAAUAAAAAUAGAUUAAUGUUAUGUAGCUCCUAGCUAUAUUAUGUUCUGUAUUCAGAACAAGCAAAAAACUCAAUAAACCAUAGUGAUAUGACAUUAUAUUCUAUUCUUAAAUGAAGAAGAGAUUUUAUUUUGCGAAUUUAAAAACUUUUGCUGUGAUUUGUUCAUUGUUUAAAAUGAAAUAAUAAUAUAUAUACCCUGUUUUUAAUAUAUGGUUGAAAUUUUAUAAAGAUUUUACGCACAAUAAUUGUUGUGUAGAGAAAAAUAAAUAUAUAUUUAUAUGUGUAUGUUAGAUAAUAUAUUAUUUUUAGUACGAGAAAGUAGAACAUUAAAUUAGUUAAAUGUAUGUGCCUUAAUAUUAGUGAACUUUGACAAGUAUAUUAAAUAAAUGCAUAUAAAAAGUUA